GUGUGAGCGGCACCACGCCCUCAGAGGAGAUGAACGGAGCUGGAAACUUGAUGGACUUCUUGGAUGAGCCGUUUCCUGACGUGGGCACGUAUGAAGACUUCCACACCAUCGACUGGCUGAGGGAGAAGUCCAGAGACACGGACCGCCACCGCAAGAUCACCAGUAAGAGUAAAGAGUCUCUCUGGGAGCUGAUCAAGAGCCUGCUGGAUGCCUGGUCAGGAUGGGUGGUGAUGCUGCUCAUUGGACUCCUCUCAGGUACGCUGGCCGGAGUGAUCGACCUGGCGGUGGACUGGAUGACGGACCUGAAGGAAGGCGUGUGUCUGUCGGCCUUCUGGUACAGCCACGAGCAGUGCUGCUGGACGUCCAACGAGACCACCUUCGACGACCGGGACAAAUGUCCGCAGUGGCAAAAGUGGGCCGAGCUGAUGACGGGCCACGCCGAGGGAGCUGGAGCAUACGUGUUGAACUACUUCCUGUACGUUCUGUGGGCUCUGCUGUUUUCCUUCCUGGCGGUGUCACUGGUGCGAGUGUUCGCUCCGUACGCGUGCGGUUCAGGAAUCCCGGAGAUCAAGACAAUCCUUAGCGGCUUUAUCAUCAGAGGAUACCUGGGGAAAUGGACCCUGCUGAUCAAGACGGUCACCCUGGUUCUGGCAGUGUCGUCGGGUCUGAGCCUAGGGAAAGAGGGCCCUCUGGUCCACGUUGCCUGCUGCUGCGGAAACCUCUUCUGCAGCCUUUUCUCCAAGUACAGCAAGAACGAGGGCAAACGGAGAGAGGUGUUAUCAGCCGCAGCAGCAGCUGGAGUGUCGGUGGCCUUCGGAGCGCCCAUCGGAGGAGUUCUGUUCAGCCUGGAAGAGGUCAGUUACUACUUCCCUCUGAAGACCCUGUGGCGUUCGUUCUUCGCUGCCCUCGUCGCCGCCUUCACACUGCGCUCCAUCAACCCGUUUGGCAACAGCCGUCUGGUGCUCUUCUACGUGGAGUACCACACGCCGUGGUACAUGGCGGAGCUGGUGCCGUUCAUCCUGCUGGGCGUGUUCGGCGGCCUCUGGGGGACGCUCUUUAUCCGCGCCAACAUUGCCUGGUGCCGCCGGAGGAAGACCACCCAGCUGGGGAAGUACCCGGUUCUGGAGGUGAUCGCCGUGACGGGUAUCACGGCGGUGCUGGCGUUCCCCAACCCGUACACCCGGCGCAGCACCAGCGAGCUCAUCUCUGAGCUCUUCAACGACUGCGGAGCGCUGGAGUCGUCACAGCUCUGUGAUUAUAUUAAUAACCCCAACAUGAGUCGGCCGGUGGACGACAUCCCGGACCGACCGGCGGGGCCCGGGGUCUACAACGCCCUGUGGCAGCUCGCCCUCGCUCUCAUCUUCAAGAUCGUCAUCACAAUCUUCACCUUUGGCAUGAAGAUCCCGUCAGGUCUCUUCAUUCCCAGCAUGGCGGUGGGAGCUAUCGCAGGACGGAUUGUGGGGAUUGCCGUGGAGCAGAUGGCGUACCACCACCACGACUGGAUCAUCUUCAAGAACUGGUGCCGGCCCGGCGCAGACUGUGUCACACCUGGACUGUACGCCAUGGUGGGAGCUGCCGCCUGUCUGGGCGGGGUGACCAGGAUGACCGUCUCCCUGGUGGUCAUCAUGUUCGAGCUCACCGGCGGCUUGGAGUACAUCGUCCCCCUGAUGGCCGCCGCCGUCACCAGCAAGUGGGUAGCGGACGCCUUCGGGAAGGAGGGCAUCUACGAGUCACACAUCCAACUCAACGGCUACCCCUACCUGGACGUCAGGGACGAGUUCACCCACCGCACCCUGGCCACCGACGUGAUGCGGCCCCGCAGAAACGACCCGCCUCUGGCCGUCCUCACCCAGGACUCCACCACGGUGGAGGACGUCGAGGCGCUGAUCAAAGAUACCGAUUAUAACGGCUUCCCGGUGGUCGUGUCCAGAGAGUCUGAGAGGCUCAUCGGCUUCGUUCAGCGUCGCGAUCUCACCCUGGCCAUCAAAAACGCCCGUCAGAAGCAGGACGGCGUGGUGAGCAGCUCGGUGGUCUACUUCACAGAGGACGCGCCGCAGCUGCCGGCCAGCAACCCGCAGCCGCUGAAGUUGCGACGCAUCCUGAACCUCAGCCCCUUCACCGUCACCGACCACACACCCAUGGAGACGGUGGUGGACAUCUUCCGCAAGCUGGGCCUCCGCCAGUGUCUCGUCACCAGGAGCGGGCGUCUGCUGGGUAUCAUCACCAAGAAGGACGUCCUGCGACACAUGGCUCAAAUGAUGAACCAGGAUCCAGAGUCCAUCAUGUUCAAUUAACAAAAGAGAAAAGAGCUUUAUUCGGCAGACGGUGUAAAUAGGUGAAAGUGGUGCGAUGCUACUGUUCUGCAACCUGUGAAAAGUCCCUCCCACCUCCUGACAGGCCCAACCCUGUAGUGACCACACAGCACUGCUCCACCAGCUUCUCGUCGUUUUAACACUUGAAACCGUCAGUUUAACGCUCAGAGUGCCAAACUCUGGUUCUUUAGCAGCACUUCAUUCCUUUUAUUUGCUAGUUCAAAUAAAACCUUUAGGAAGCAGAAGGGAAACACGAAGACCGAGCGGUAGUCAAGUGUAAGGAUGCGUAUCAGUGGAGAACCACAGGGUUGCUGCACAGACCUGGAAAGUCUGGUAAGUUGAAAAUAAAGAAAAUAAAUUUGACACUAAAGACUUAUAGUCAUCUCAAAAUGAUGCAAAUAAUGUCUGAGGUAGGUUUUUUUUUUUUCUGUGUGGUUAUAAAUCUAAACAGGAAGAGGAAUGGAAUAUCAUCUCAGUCAAAAAAAGUGUUUGAAAAUAUUGUUUAACUCACAACUAACAAACCACAGUGCGUUUAGUGUGUUUUCCAGUCAUUGAAACCGCUGGAAAUUGAUCCAGUUGUAAGAAAUUAGUCAACAAAAUGUAGCCUGAAAGAGUUCACAGGCCCAAACUUUAAUGUGCAAGUUCACUAACCUAAGAUUAAAGGUUCAAAGCUCAGUUUGAAGCCCUAACCCUUCUGUAACAGUACAGGUAAUACUGAUAGAAGCCUUGAACAAACUUUAAAUCUGCUCUUGUGUAGGAGUCCUCGAAUCUGUGUGUCCUGCGUGGUUUGGGGGUAAAAUGGUACUCAAGCAUUAUUGAAGCUUUACAAAAAAAUAAAAUAAAAAAUGGGACCAUUUGUAAGACUUUAAGCGCACUGCGUAGAUGUCUCUGUAGCUGUUAAUAAUGUUGAUUUAUUUAAUAUUGAAACACUCAACCAUAAUUCUGGCCAUACCUUGCACAUUGCUCCUUUAACAAACCAGAUUGUUAGAAUCCUGAUGAUAUUAUUUUAUAAACCGAUUUUAUUUAAAGUUGGAGUGCUGCACUUUGUGUUUUUUCUCUAAUAGUUGUUUAUUGUUGUAUGUUGCUGCCAUAUUUAUAUUAACGCUGCCUGUAUUAAUGUUCAUUUUGAUGCUUCAGCGGCACCAUUCAACUGUUCCUUUCGACCUGAAGGCACAAACUGUCUGAAAGGCUAAAUGUUGUUUUUACUGUAGCAGUUAAGCAACACCAGACAUUCUUGUCAGAACCGUGUUGGAUUGUUGGUUAAUUUAAUUGUGUCAAAUGGUUUCCAAGAGCCUUAAAGUGUGUGAGAUAACAGCAGAGUUACAGCAAACAGCGCAUUGAGCGGGUCGGGGGUCGGCCAGAUGUGACCAGUCCUGUAAAUAUAGUUCCUUUGUCGAUUACAUUCAUUCAUUCACUGAAUCAGUUCCACACAGUGAGGAUUAUAGAUAAUAAAUCUGGGAUAAAGAUUAGUGCUCCGACACUCAACUGAGGAAAAAGUUCAUCCCUAUGUUUAGUCUGCACCCCGUCUCUUAUAAUCAAAUGUUUAACUUUAAAGCAGAUGUACCGCACUUUGUUAGUUGUCCCAAAUCUGCUGGACGUGAUUUAGCUCUAGUGUGAUAUUUUGUAUUACACGUCUGUAUGAUAUCAACCUUCUUUAUUCACAAUCUCAUGCAGAAGCACUACAGUACCCACAACCCCAAAAUGAAACAGCGACUCUGAUUGGUAGACAGUCAGUGAGU